AUGGCUAUUAUAGUUAAUGAUGACGAUGGGUGGUGGGACACUGCGCAAAAAGAAAAGAAAUGGUGGCACUUUUUAGUUAAAAAUAUUAUUUCCAAAGGAAUUAUGCCUAAGCAUAUUGCGUUUGUAAUGGACGGUAAUCGACGUUUUGCGAAAGUUAACAAAUUGGGGAGCGCUUUGAAUGGACAUGUGAAGGGUUUUCAACAAUUGGCUAAAAUAUUGGAGUGGUGUCAAGAUUUUGGCAUUGAAGAAGUUACUGUAUAUGCGUUUAGUAUUGAGAACUUCAAAAGAAGUACAGAAGAAGUGAAUGGAUUGAUGUCAUUAGCAGAAGAUAAAUUUUCUCGUCUAUUAAACGAGAAAGAGAAAAUGGAAGAGAAACAAAUUUCCUUCAGAUUUUUUGGAAAUUUAAGUCUUCUAUCUCCUAGCUUGAGAAAAUUGAUUCUCGAAAUUCAAGAUGUUUCAAAAAACUUUAAAAAAGGAAUUGUUAAUGUUUGUAUGCCGUAUACAUCCAGGGAUGAAAUGGAAAGAUCUUUUGAAAUAAUACGACGUGGUGUACAGGAAGGUCUAAUUGACAAAACUGAUAUCACUGAAACACUAAUAUCUUCUUGCAUGGAUAGCUGUAGGGGCUGCUUUCCAGAUUUGUUCAUUAGAACUAGUGGAGAACAUCGUAUGAGUGAUUUCAUGCUUUGGCAGUGCUCAUCGGCUCACAUUUAUUUUGAUGAUGUUCUCUGGCCUGAAUUCGAUUUCGUAAACUUGGGGAAAGCUAUUGUAUCUUAUCAGUUUCACCACUCCUCCAUACAGAAAUUCAACAACAAGUUAUCUAUAACAGAGAGAGAGAAUCCAAAAUACCAAAAGUUCUAUGAAAUGGUAGACGCAAUGAAGUCUUACAACGAAAUGUGA